UAAAAGCUGAGUGGUAGCAGUGCAGCAGUGAUACUUCUGUCAGCAGGUAUCAGUGGAAUCACACAUGUGACGUCUCCAUCGGGACUUUCACUGCACUGAGAUCAACUGAAGAAGACACUCUGGACUUUAGGAGGUUUUAUCGCUCCUGUUUGUGAAUUUCAUUUUUUUUAAACAUUUUUAAUUUCUUAUGCUUUGUGUGUGAUGGCUAAUGUUUCAUCAUUUGAUGUGGGAGUUUUGUUCCUCAUCGUGGUGACAGCAUCUUUGGCAAACGGUUCUUCAUCGAGCAAAGAUGUGAGCCCGAGGGAGCAGGUGGAGGCGGCCAAGCUGGACGAGCUCGUUCCCGGUGGUGUGGACGACCUCGCCAGAGUUCCCUCUCCGGGUGAGGUGAAGCCGUGUCCUGCCUUUGAGCCGCCCAGGCCCAAGAGACGGGCGAAGAGGUGCACAUGUUACACCUACAAAGACAAGGAGUGUGUGUAUUACUGCCACCUGGACAUCAUCUGGAUCAACACGCCAGAGCACACUGUCCCGUAUGGUAUGUCCAGUUACCAGGGUUCGCUGCGUAUGAAGCGCUCCGCUGGCACUGAUCAGCAGAGGAGGAGGAGGAGGGACGCAGAGGCCCAGCGCUGCGUGUGCGCACGGCGGAACGACUCUGACUGCAGCAGCUUCUGCACGAACAGGCAGCAGAGGCGACACCUAGAAGCGCAAAAAAUACACAAGAGGAGAGCGACUCUGCGAACCGGCCCAGCAAGGAAACGGACAAACAGCAUUUGAACCUGCAUUUCUGCUGACAGACAUGUGUUUGUAGUGCGCUCAGUGACUCGUCGUCAGAUUGAUGGAUGAAUAGCCGCAAGAGCUGCUCGCACAAAAACUGAAAGUGAGCAGGGAGGCUAACAGAGAGCUCUCUCUGCCUCUGUCUGGCUGGUGCGGAUGAUGUUUUACAUUGACCUGUCACAAGAAGAUGGUUUAAGCGGCCAAUUUGUGUCGGCAGUAAAAAGACUUUGGAAGAGCGUGUUGCUCACACAUGUUUGUGCCACGUGGAUGUUGAGGCAAAUUCAUGAGCUGCUGACAGGUGACUCCACCAGCUCAACCAGUAUUGUUAAAACAUCACACAAAACACAUUUUACUAAAGUGUUUACUCCACAGGGCCAAUAUAUAGCCUGCCUUUCCGUGUCAGCGAGCCGUCACCCCCAGUAGCUCAGCAUUAUUAAAAAAAUAAAUUACAUGUGAUUGCAAAUUAUUUUGGUAAUAAGGUGGUUCCCUUGUGAAUGGAGCUGAACUGGUUUAGCCUUUCCAUGAGAUUUAAGGAUGGAUGGAAAAGUGGAUGCAAAAAUACACAAAACUCAACUAAGCUGAAUCUUGUGAAGGCUUGCAUAUAUAUGUGUUUAAGUAUAAAUAGACUAUAAAUUUUAUUUUUGUACAAUACCGAUAUGUACAAUUAAGGUGUAUAAUAAGAUGGUGUAUAUAGAAUUAUAUAUGUGACCAUGCUAAUCAACAGUCCUCUGUGGUAUAGAACCCAGUCAAGCAAAAAAUAGUGUAUCUUGCUGUCCAUUAAUGGUUUCAUCGUAUUUAUCUAAUGUCUUUUAAUGAUUGGACGUCAAUCAAUUCUUCAAUCAACCAACUGCACAAGAAAAUCAUAAUAAUGAAAACCUCAGGCAAGAGACCGUGGGUUGUUGGAAGUUGAGCAAUUCUGACUAAUGAAGACUUCUCCAGAAAUAGAGCCACAUGUGAUUCACCUUCAGUCUCAGAAAGAAGGAAGGACAUGGAUAUAUAUGGAGAAAUAUAAUAGCAAUAACUAGGGGUUGUGGAAUGACGUGACCGAAUGGGAAAUUUUCGACUAAUGUGUCAGACAUCUCUAUCCCCACCAUCAUUUAAACACAAAAUGAGGGAAUAUCUUUUGGGAGAAUGGUGUUCAUCGCCCCAGUAGAGUGCCAUGGCAGCCAACGUAACUAUGACACUCAAUGUUGGUUUUACCUGUAUCUGUAUCUUUAGCCUCUAUUUGUCCUGAAUGAUGCCAGCAUAUCUUAACACCACUCUUACAACAUGACACAACAUGUAGAUAUCCAGUAAACACUGAUAAUCUACAGAUUCGAAUGCAACUUUAUACCACUGCACUGGUGCUACCAGGAUGGCAGCAAUCUGGAAAAGUUUAUCACGUUGAUUCAAGCUGUAGAGUGUCUCAAGGAAUUAUGAUCAUCGUCUGUGGCAUUGUUCACUGCCAAUGCAGGAAGUAUUUUGGAUUCAUGAAGGGAGUAAAGAAGAGUUUGCAGCCGCAGUAAAACAGUUAAUGUUGGACUUUCUUCCCUCUAAUCAUAAGAAAAUGCUGCGUGUAGAGUUUCAGGUGAUGUGACUGGGGCUACCCGUCCAUACUUCUGUUUUAUUUUUGAAACACAUCAAUUGUGCUAUAAUAAGCCUGGCAUCCACAUUACUUGGAGCCACUAAGCAACGAAAUUUAAAAAAGCUGCUGGCCCCAUUUUGUUUUGAAAAGUCAGCGGCUGCGUUUCAUUCUGGAUGGCAAGAAACUGAGACAUUUGGAAACUAUGAUGUAGACACAACAGUUGAAUUCUACAUUUUUACAAUAAUACAACUGCUUACAUGUGAAGGACAGGGGCUACUAUUCAAACACUUUGCGACUAUUACUGUGUCCAGUAGAAAGCGCAUUUCUUCCUGUUUACUCUGGCAUGUGCAUGCCCAGUGUUCGUGGGUGAUCACAUGAUAUGUUUUUAGGCGUUUUAGUAUGGACGGGGAUUAUAUCAUAUAUGAAACCAAAAUGUGGACAUGGAUCAAUGAAAAAGUGUAGUGGUAUGAUGUAGCCUGGUUGUGUAGCACAUUGUAAUGUCAGAAAGGUGUCCCAUGUUAGGAGAGAGCACAGGUCAAGAGUGCGUUCUGCCAAUGCUUCUUCCAAAAGAGAGGCUUCAGAGGAAGGAAGAGAAGGAAAUCCAUAAACUCAAGUGACAUUUUCGAGUGAUAUUUAAAUUGUUGCAUAUGUGUUAUGUACUGUUGAAGUCUGUUGUUAAUAUACUGCUUGCAGAUAGAGGUUAUCAGUGGUGACAACAGUGGUACUUUCCAGCUGCCACUCUGUGAGGCCCUGUUCUCAGAACAGAGGUCUGGGUAAGUUCUCAGAAAAAAAAUCAGGAUUUUGUUUAUGCAGGAUCAUAUGUACAUCGCAUGUAAGAACUUCUUUGUAUGAUCCACCGUCAGGUUCACUGAAUGCAUGUUUCAUAUAACCACAAACAUACUUUUGGGUCUAAACCAAUCAACUGCUGAGAUUGUUCAAAUAUAUACCAUGUAUGGGUUGCUGAUAAGAAAGGAAUAGUGAAGCCCUCCUCUCAGUUCCAGCCUUAUAAAGGAGACGUAACCCUGAGAGCGAGGAUCUGAGGUAAAUCUCAGAGGAAGUUUAUGCAGAGGACUGAAGAAUCUGAGGGAGAAUAGCUAUGAGGAUUUAAGCACAAAUCACUUUCUUCUUUUUAUUUUUUUGUGCUUCACAUACAUUGAUAUUUAAUCUUUCAUAUAUUGUAAGACUUUAUAUUUGCCUUCUAUGCUAAAUAAACCUAAGUAGAUCAUUUUGAUCUAUUGAAACACAAA